CUUGCCAUCAGAUGUCUUGGGAACCCAUGAAAUUUGCUUUAACACAAAUUUCUGCCUGGUCACGCAGUCGUUUAAAUACCCAAAUACAUCAUUCCUCCAGAACCCUACUAUUUUAUAUCUCCUUUGUUCAUCUGGAGGAGGCCAGCGUAUGCCACUGACUUUGCCAAUUUGGUGGAGCGUUACACGAAAACGAAACAAAAACCAUGUAGCCAGCCAUUCCAUGAGUUUCGGUUUAAAAUGAUAGAGACACUGGCUGGCCGCACUGAGUUGCAAUCUGCGCCAAGUAUUAUUGCCGAUGGAGUCUGACCAUGGAUGAGGAGGUCAACCCUGACCAUGAAAAUGUGAACUCAGUCUUGGCUCAGGACUCCAUUGAACUGUUCCACAUCCUCAGCAGUCAGUCGCACUCAGUCAUAAUGGAGCUGUGUCAAAUGAUGCCCAGUGAAGCUUGGUGCCAAUAUCAGCUUGACCCCUCAAGCUCUUCUGCAGCAGGAAGGCCAGAACUCAUCAAAACCAUGUUGGAUUACUUCAGGUCAGCCAGUGCUCGAAAAUGCCGUAACUUCCUUCAGAGCGUGUGCUUCUCGUGUGAGAACAUUCCCAUGCUUCUGGAGUCGAGGCUCAUGUCAGUGGCAGGAUAUGACAACACUGAUGAUGUACCAUCUCCAGCCGCAGAGGACGUGUCUCUAGCAAACACAGACGGUUGUGAAAGUUCUAGGCCUGCUGUAACAUCUUUAGAGCAGCGGCUCAUCAAGCGCCCACGGAUCGAUCACUGGGAGCAGUACAUCAGUGAAGUGAAGAAAUUCCUGCUGAAGAGAUGGGAGCGACUCACAGCUGGCCUGGUGAGGGAGGUCCAGCUGGAGAAUGUAUGGGUCAGCCCAAGAGCGGCAAACAGAAGCAGAGACAGACCUGAUCAAACCCCUGGCUCAGCAGACAGAGGGGGCAGAACACCAGAGCCCGAUGGGGAUUACGGGUAUUUGGAGUCCAGAGUGACGUUGGAGGCGUUCCUCCAGGGAUGUAUGGGUAAAGUGACAGUUCUGGUGGGCCAGACUGGAUCAGGAAAAACUCUGCUAACAUCCUGUUUAGGACAGCAGUGGGCUAGUGGAUUAGGUCCUAUCCCUUCAUCCUUUGUGUUUGUCCUGCUGGAGUUUCGUCAGCUCAACCUACUGUCACACCCUCUUUCACUAUCAGAGCUGCUUUUCCAGUACUACCUCCCUCCAACUGGGGGAGAAGAUGCAAAGAGAGCCAUUAUCGACUACCUCCUUACUAAUCCAGAGCAAAGCUGUUGGGUACUGGAUGGCUAUGAUGAGUUUCACGGCAAACUCAGCAGACAAGAAGUGCAGAGGAAACCGCUGCACUUAGAAGAUCCUCUGCCUGUCGCAGACCUCAUCUCAGGGUUGCUAAAUCGCCAGAUUCUUCCAGGAAGCACUGUGCUGGUCACCUGUCGUGUACGGGAUCUUAUAGAUUUGGAUGGCAUUUCAGAUAAAGUAGGGCAGCUGCUGGGCUGGGACCAGGAUGAGAUCAAGGAGUAUGUAGACAACUUCUUUGGUGCAAAAGAUGUAGCUCUUAGAGAGCAGGCAGCACAGCUCCUUCUCUCCAGUCGACACCUCCUCGCCAUGUCUUCCAUUCCUGCCCUAUGCAACAUCUGCUGCAUCUGUCUUGAGCAUUUACUGCUGCAGUGUAGAGAUAAAGACACAGGAGGAGCACCGAUGCCUGACGAAAAAGGAAGUAAGGCAAGGACAGAUGCUCAGGAAGCAGAAGGAGCACAGAUGUCAAGAGAAGCCAGAGGGGAGGAGGGCAAUAGAAGAGGAAACCCUGCACAAAGGAAACAAGAGGAUGGAAAAAGAAAAGGGAGCAAAGAUGUAAUAAUGGAUGGAACAAAUGGCAGACCUCAGCUGACUCCCACUUCACUCCAAGUCCCCGCCACCCUAACUCAGGUCUACCUCACUGUUCUGGCCUCAUUUCUUAGCCGAGCCCCUAACCACGGAGGAGAUGGCAAGCCAAAAACUAAAAGAUUUCCUCACAGUGCUGUCACCACACUGACCAUUCUGAGUCAGUAUCAAUCGGAGCUGUGUGAGCUGAGCCAGCUGGCUUGGAGAGGCUUAGAGGAAAGCAAGAUACUCUUUUUGAAAGAAGAGAUUCCACAGGAGGUUUUAAAGUUUUCAUUGAAAAUAGGACUCUUAUCACAGGUGGAGCUCAGACGUCAGGACGGGAUACUUGCCAAUGCCUACUGCUUCAUUCAUCUGACAGUGCAGGAGUUUUUAGCUGCACUGAGAAUCAUGACUAGUCAUGAUGUUAAUGACACACAGCUUAAGAAGAGAUUCAGUCUGAAAACUCGCUGGACAACCAAAUCAGACCAGAAGACGGUCUUCACUGACUCACUGUACCUCUAUGUUUGCGGUCUGGCUUCCUCAGAAUGCACUCCAGCCCUGGUUGAGUUAGCCAAGGUUUCUGGUAGAGCCCAAAGUUGGGUCCAGAAACGGCAAGACCUUGUUCUGACAUUGCUCAAAACCAUGUGUAACAGUAACACUCUGACCGGACCAAAGAUACUCCAGCUUUGCCACAGUGUUCAGGAGAGCCAGAGCCACCAACUCGCCAAGCAGGUUUUUGGUGUGAGACCCAAACUGGAGCUGCGCAACAUCUGGCUGUUACCGAAUGAUAUCGAAGCUCUGGCUUUCGUAGUUAAUUCAGCCGAUCAUAAUGACAUCGGUCUGGACUUCGGAGCGUGCUCCAUGGAGCUGGAGUGUUUAAUAGUUCUGGCCAGGUGUCAGGGCAUUCAUAACCUCAGUUUUCACAGCCGCAAAUAUGGGGACAAGUUUGCUGAGAAGUUGUCGUCUGUUUUGCCUAAAUUCACAUCCCUGCGAAAACUAGAGUUUUCUGGUGCCAGCCUGACUGCUACUGGAGCAGCUAGUUUGGCCUCUGGUCUUCAGGAGUGUCCACACAUCACUGAUAUCAACAUAAGUGACAACAAUUUGAGGGAUGAAGGAAUCAGUCGCAUUGCAGAGAUUUUUACCAAACUACAAAACCUUUCGAAUGUAGCGCUGGGACGAAACAGCACAACCCUGAAUGCAGUCGACUGUCUUAUUAAAACGAUGUCUUCAUGUUUGAACAUCCAACAUGUUCAUGCAGAGGGGAUCAAAGACUUGACAGUAACUUUCUUCCAAAAGUCAGAUAUGAACAGCCAUAAAUCUAUACUUGAAUCAACAAUCAGCUUGCUGAACCAGAAUUGGAACAAGUCUGAGAUGCAGAAACUUGCUGAAUCCUUGGCUCGAUGCCCUGCGCUGUCUGUCCUAGAUCUGUCUGGAGGCCAGUGGGAUGAAGACAUUUUAAGGACACUGACUGAGUUUUUGCCAAAGUUCAGCAUUACUGACAAGCUCAUCAUUAAUGACAGCUGCUCAUCAGUGGAGGGUUUGGUGGUUCUGACUGCUCUACUGUCUGAUUAUCCUCCUGUGAUGGAGCUUCAUGUCAGAUUACAGUUUCCUGUUAAGGUGUCUAUUGUGUUUGCUAGGGGAAGGGAAAAACCUGCAAGCGGAAUAUCCAAAUCUCUCUGCCUCAGCUUCUGCAAUCUGUAUCCUGCUGAUCUGAAAAGUGUGUUGAGAUGUCUGGGAACCUCUUCUGAUCUCACUAUGCUGGAUUUGUCCAGUAACUGUUUAGGCAACAAGGGUCUGAAGAAAUUGUUGGAUUUCCUGCCUCGUCUUAGCAAAAUCCAGGAAAUUAAUGGCGGAGGCAAAGAGGAAGUCAGUCUAAAGUUCUGCCCAGAUGAAAGUGAUGACAAGCAGCAGCUGAAGAUGUUCCGAGUAAAGGACAGCAGCAUCCUACCAUCUGAUAUAACCAAAGUAUGUAGAAAAUUGGUCCAGAGUCGCUUCCAUUGGGAGUUAGAGUUAUCUCAGUGUUCACUUACCGACAAAGCCAUCAAGAAUCUUCUCAAAGUGUUGCCAGAGAUGACGUCACUGCAGAGACUCAAUGUCAGACAGAGCAUCACAUCUGCAACCGAUGCACUCGAGCUGGUCAGCUGUUCGAAUCACAGUCAGCGAGUGACGUCGGUUGAGCUCAGCCCUCAGGGUGACUCCUUCAUCAAUUUUGAUACAGUGAAAGUGGAACAAGUGAGCUGCAGGUUAACUCAUUUUUGCCUGAAGGGUGACCACUUGAAGAAACUUCUUGAGAUCCUGCAGCAGGGUCCCCAGCUUUCAGAUCUUGAUUUGUCAAGUAACCAGCUGGAAGAUGAAGACGUGAGCUCUUUUGUGCAUUCCCUACCAAGGCUAAAAAUCAGCACCUAUGUCAAUCUCAGUAACAACAGACUGACCCAGCAGGGGCUGCUGGCUGUGGCCAGCACAUUGUGUACCUGUGCUAAUGUCUCUGGUGUGGAAGUGAGCUUAGGAGAAGAAGAGCGAUGCCUCAUCUGGUUCAGACAAAAUGAAACUCGGGAAAAAACUCUGAGAAUCAGGGAAGGUAGUUUGAAGCAUGAACAUCUGAUCCGAUUAGCAGAGAUUGUGUCCAGUUGUCCCCAUCUGGCCAAAGUGGAAUUAAACCACAGCUUACUGGAGCAGACUGAACAUUUCCUACAGCUGCUGAGCUUCAGUCAAAGUGGAUGUGUUUUCAGUAUUGAGGAGCGUUGGAUCAGCGCUGAGAAAGCAGUUAGAUUAAUGCUCCACUGUUUGCAACUCAAUAGCAAUAUUCAAACUGUCAGGAUUCAUCAAAACACACUCCACCUGACCAGUUCCACUGCACUGACGACAGAUAGUGAUCUCUCUGGAAAUGCAGCUCAAUCGAGUGCCAUAAAGAAAAUUGGCCUUGUGGACUGUGCAGUAAAUGUGUAUCAGCUUGCAGCCAUAGAGAGCGUCAUCCUCAGUUGUCCAUUUCUGACAGAACUGGAGUUUUCCCACAACAGCCUCGGUGUAGAGGGAGCUGAGUUUCUCUGUUCUGUUCUUCCCCGGUUGCCCAAUCUCACUUCACUCAGUCUGUCGGGUCAUCAGAUUAGUGAGACGGCAGCUCAGAAUAUGACCAGGUUUCUGCCCUGUCUACGAUCACUCAAUCUUUCCCACUGUGUUUUGCCUGGAGGACUGCAGCUCAUUGAAGCACUGGGACAGUGUGUUAUUCUUGAAGACCUUUGUUUGGAUUUUGUGGCACUGAAUGAGGAGAGCAGGAUGUGUCUGGCACGAGCUCUAAAACAUAUCAACUCUAUUCGCCGUCUCAGGCUGAAUGAGAUUGUCACAGCAAUGGACAAUCUCAGCGUUCUGGAUCUCCUGGCUGCCACGAAGGGACACGCACAUUUAGAGCAGAUAGAGUUGGGGGGCUGGAGGAUGGCUUGCAGAGGAAUAGAAGAGCUGAACAGGCUCAUUCCGAACUGGAAAGAGCUCAGGAAGAUAAAGCUGUCAAAGAACCUUAUCAGUGACCAAUCAGGAGAGAAGCUUCUUGAGGCUUUGAAAGCCUGCAGCCACCUGGAGGAGCUCUGUCUGUCUGAUAACAAACUGGGAAUCCUCACUGCUGCCAGGAUGGCCCUCAUUUUCCCAUCACUGACACACCUCAGUGUGUUAGACAUUUCGCUCAACCACAUUGACCAUGAAGGCUCCAAUAGCAUUUCCAAAGCCAUAAUGUGCAUGAAGAACCUCAAAAAGAUUAACCUGACCUCUGUUGGGACUUCAGAGCUGCGUCCUGUUGUAGCCAGUCUGGCUCACUGUCCCCUCAUACAGGAAGUUGGUCUGGGUUGGAAUAACUGUCGUGAUGAAGUGGCACUGGAAGUGGCCAGGGUUUUGCCUUUCUGUCAUACGCUGACUCAGAUAGAUCUCGAGUGCAACAGCUUGAGUGCUUCUGGAGCGGAGGCCCUGCUUAAGGCCUUAAGGUUCUGCCCUGCUCUGCAACUCAUCAGACUCUGGAAGAACAAAAUCUCUGACGGUGAUGUCCAUAGGCUCGGUCUAAGGGACAGAAGGAUGAAUUUCUCUUCCACCUGAUAUGAUCUGCACUGCUUGACAGUUGAGAAGCACAAUUCCAGUUCAUCAGCACCAGUGCAGACGAACAGUCCAGUACUUUUUCUGCCAACACUGACUUAAAAAUCUGUGAGAAUUUUUUUUUGUUUUUGAAGUGUUUUGGGGGGUUUUUUUUCUAAGUGCUGCUCUAUUGAAACACGGCUGUACAGUUGAAAUAAGUUUGUUAGAACAAGAAGAAAUAAUGUAUUUUUGAAACUAUUUAAAUCCCUGACUUUGCACUGAUUGGCCUUUGGUUUCACAAAGCAGGAGACGGGUGGAAGCCACUGAAACCUUUUUUUCAAAAGCUGCUGUCAGAUUAACAGGGGAGCACACAAAGAGGUUUAUGGACACAAAUUGGGAGAGGUGGCACGCUCAGCUGAUCAGUAGAACACCACACUAGAUUUUGAACAAAAAGUGUUUUCUUCAAAGCCACUGAAAUAACACACUUACUUUUGUAAUCAGUCGUAAUAAUCAGCAGUAGAAUUAGUUUUUUUUACGGCAGAGGGUGUACUGUCAUCACCUUCCCAGGCAGGCGAGUAGGUGGGCGAGGACACCCAAGUGAGUGAUGCUGAGAGACUGGCCAGCUGCUUCCUGUUUUAUCAUUGAAUUCCUGGGAGAAAGGAAAAACACACACAUAAACAAAGCAGGUCCCGCCUGUUCACUUUUAACUAAUGUAUCACACUCAUGACUAAAUUCUUCCCUACUGAAUUGAACAGAUAAUAUUUUACUGUUAUAACGGGACUACAGUAUUUCCCAUAUGACAUGAUCAUUUCAAACUUGUUACAAUAAAAUUAGAAAAAAUCACAAAGUACAUUAAAGAUGGCUUUUAAAAAAAAGAUUACACUAACUUAUGUAUGCACUUAAAAAAGUGUGAAAUCACUAAACCUGUGUUGAGCCCCGCCUUUCAGUAGCACACCACUGAGCUCCCAAACUGCUGUGAAAAUAAAGGCCACACUGUGUUAUUUUCCUGUGAGGAAAUGAUGAAUAUAUCUUUGCAGACUCUGAUACGAGGAGUCAAUUUGCAUUGUGGAAUGUUUACAAUAAUUAGAGGCCACAUUACUGAAAACACAAGAAAUCACAAAGUCACAGUAAAAGAAGAGUUACCUGCUCCUAUGGUCACUCCAGGUCGUGGUCUCUAUCCAAUGUGCGUAUUUAUUUCUGCUGUUUAUCAUAGGAGGACACAAGAAAUUGUAUGUAUUUAUUGAGCUGUGAUUGAAUCAGGGUUAAAAAUUUUAAAAAGAAAUAUUUUUAUAGGAAUGUAUUUGCUUUGUGACCAAAAGAAGAUACUGUAAUUUUUGCAGGUCGCACCAGUUGUAUUUCUGACUUUCUAAAGUCAUGUUGAUGCUUUGAUUUCUGAAUGUAAUGCACCUUAUUCCUUUCUCUUUUCCUGUGUGUAAUUGUCCGUUUUUUUGUUUUGUUUUGUUUAUUUUUCCUUUGAUUUUUGGAGCAACACUGGCUCUUACUGAAAGGAUUUAAAAUUGCUUAUCUGUUAAAUAUAGUUUUUGAAAGGUUUGUGUGCAGGUUGUGCUUGACAGAAAAAUUGCAGAUACUUUUGAUAUUCCCUGACUAUGAGUUGCAUUAAGAUGUGACCUGCUAAUUAGAAAACUUUAAAUUGAGUUUCUAUUUUUUGUUAUGUCAGCGGUUUUAUAAAGAAUGAUGUUAAAUUUAAACAGAUCAACAAGACACAAACUCAGCAAAAUCUGCUCUAGCAAUACAUGCCAGUUAAAUAAAGUCUAAUACAAAAAUAUGCACCUCAACUAUAAUAUACAACUUAAAAAAAUUCUGGUUUGUUCUCAAUGUCAACAACUAAAAGUUGAU